CAAUAUCCGGUCGAAUUUCAUACGUCCGUAGGAAUUGCGAAGCAAAGCUGGGCGCCGUCCGAUCAUAAUCUGCUGAUAUUACGAGCAUCCGAUCAGCUGAACCUACAUAGACAAAAGCAGAAAUGCCCGUGGGGUAUAUGUCCAUUUGAGAGGUCGUGUCAUAAACUCAUUGGCAAUCACAUAAUAUAACCCCCAUCUAACCACACACACACACACACACACACAGAGAGAGAGAGAGAGAGAGAGAGAGAGAGAGAGAGAGAGAGAGAGAGAGAGAGAGAGAUGGGAAGGAAGCCAUGCUGCCCCAAGGAGGGGCUGAACAGGGGAGCUUGGACGGCAAUGGAGGAUGACAUCCUCGUCUCCUACAUCGAGAAGCAUGGAGAGGGCAAAUGGGGAAGCCUCCCCAAAAGAGCUGGGCUGAAGCGCUGUGGGAAGAGCUGCCGGCUGCGGUGGCUCAACUACCUGCGACCGGGCAUCAAGAGAGGCAAUAUUUCCGACGAUGAAGAGGAGCUCAUCAUCAGGCUCCACAGGCUCCUCGGCAACAGGUGGUCGCUGAUCGCCGGACGGCUGCCGGGGCGAACAGACAAUGAAAUCAAGAACUACUGGAACACGACGCUGUGCAAGAAGAUGCGAGGGGAGGUGAGCUGCCGCUCAAGAGAACAUCAGGCCAGCGCAUCACCCAAACGCAGGCCAUUCUUAGAACCGAUCGGGACCACCAGCGACGCUGCCCCUGAGGCCACCGCGCGCCGGCAGUCGCCGGAGCCGGAGGCGAGCCCGGUCCGGACCAAGGCGCUGCGGUGCACCACCAGGCUGCCGGUGGUGCAGCCUGCAGGCCACGGCUGUCCAACCAAGACCGAGGCGGGCGACGAUCACAUUCAUGCGGAACAGACGGGGGUCAAGGCGGCGCCAGCGACUGAGGUGCAGCAGGAGCAGCGGGAUUAUUUGCCGGAGGAUGACUUGUCGCUCGACCUCGACUUCGACAUGGGUGAGCUGGGUUUCUUGAGCCCGUGGCGCGGCGCGAUCGCUGACGGCGUGGCGCCUGAUGGCCAGUUUGGCGGCGGUGAGGCUGACCUGGAGGCGCUGCUGCUGGGGCCGGGAGGUGAUGACGAUCAUCCUUUGCUGGAGGACAUGGAGUUUGCAUGGUUUUAA